CAAACGCCAGCUAGCGUACCAAUAUAUACCUGUAGACGUACAACACAUCCACCUUUAUACCUACCAGCACAGAAAAUGGAUCUUCUUAAAAGCGAUUUAUUCGACAAAAACUUUCCAGAAAUGAGCUCAAUGGACAGGGAAUUUGGGUCUAUGAGUUCUACCAUGAGUUCUAUGAGUUCAACUUCAACAAUGAAAAGCUCAAGUUCAAGCUUUGAUACCCCGAUGCUCAAAGGUAGUGCCAUGGGUGAGCGUGAUUCCCUCAUGGGGGCUGGCCUUGGUGGAGGGCGGCUCGUGCCUACUACGUUAUUCGACUGGAAUUUCUUCGAUAGACAAAAAUCCAUGUUCUCGGACAUCAGCAUGGACUUUGACAACGAUUUUAAGAAAUUUGAUUUGGAACUUGAAAAUAUGAGAAAAAGCUUGUUCCGGUUUGAUGGUGACCCGAUGUUGAAAGUUGAUCAACCCUAUGUUGAAAGCAGGACGGGAAGUAAAAAACUUUCUUUAACAUUUGACGUUAGUGGCUAUGCACCGGAAAACAUCCACAUCAAGACAGUGGACAGUAUGCUUACUGUUCACGCCAAGCACGAAGAAAAAUCGCCCGGAAAAUCCGUCUAUCGCGAGUUCACAAAAUCUUACACGCUUCCAAAAGCUAUUGACCCAUUGGCAUUGACAUCUUCACUCUCAGCCGACGGUGUCCUCAGCAUCGAGGCUCCAGCUCCACGUGAAGUUGUUGCCAAGAAGGAGCGAUUUGUUCCUAUAGAACUUCUGAAACCUUUGUGAAAAUAGAUGGUGAGGACUUUUUGUGGUUUGUUGGUCAUGUGAACGAUGUUCUAAGAUGAGAAGAAUUGCUCUGUUAUAUGUGGUGUUGAUCAAGGACAAUUUCUGAAUUUUAUUUAAAUUUGAUAUCUAACAUAGCUAGAAAAGAAUAUGUUUUUCUACGGAUGGAAAUGUUUUUUUUAGGAAAAACCCAUUUCGAGUGGAACAUUCCAUGUAUGAGGAACGGCUGGUACUCUUGUCUGGUUUGUUGUUUUUUUGAAAUUCAUUUGUGCAAAUUCUAUAAUUUUAUAUUAUUUUAAUCAUUAAAUUACUUUACUGCGUU